CGGGGACAAGGAGAGCUGUGUUCAGCGGCUUAAUGGGAGGCCCGUGCCCGGCUCGGGCAGCGCGGCCGCUCCCGCUGCCAGCUUAGGGUGGAAGCUGCGGAAGGAAGGGCCCCCCCGCCCUGACCGCCCCCGUGCCUUCCCCCCCCACCCCCCAGAUAAGAUCUGCGACCAGAUCAGCGACGCCGUGCUGGACGCGCACCUCAAGCAGGACCCCGACGCCAAGGUGGCCUGCGAAACGGUUGCGAAGACGGGGAUGAUCCUGCUGGCGGGCGAGAUCACGUCCCGAGCCGCCGUGGACUACCAGAAGGUGGUUCGGGACACGAUCCGGCACAUCGGCUACGACGACUCCUCCAAAGGCUUCGACUACAAGACUUGCAACGUGCUGGUGGCCCUGGAGCAGCAGUCCCCGGACAUCGCGCAGGGCGUCCACCUGGACCGCAGCGAGGAGGACAUCGGGGCCGGCGACCAGGGCCUGAUGUUCGGGUACGCCACGGACGAGACGGAGGAGUGCAUGCCCCUCACCAUCGUGCUGGCCCACAAGCUGAACGCGAAGCUGGCCGAGCUGCGGCGCAACGGCACCCUGCCCUGGCUGCGCCCCGACUCCAAGACGCAGGUGACGGUUCAGUACAUGCAGGACCGCGGCGCCGUCAUCCCCAUCCGCGUGCACACCAUCGUCAUCUCGGUGCAGCACGACGAGGAGGUGUGCCUGGACGAGAUGCGCGACGCCCUGAAGGAGAAGGUGAUCAAGGCCGUGGUGCCGGCCAAGUACCUGGACGACGACACCAUCUACCACCUGCAGCCCAGCGGCCGCUUCGUCAUCGGCGGCCCCCAGGGCGACGCCGGCCUCACCGGCCGCAAGAUCAUCGUGGACACCUACGGGGGCUGGGGGGCCCACGGCGGCGGCGCCUUCUCCGGGAAGGAUUACACCAAGGUGGAUCGCUCGGCCGCCUACGCCGCGCGCUGGGUGGCCAAGUCCCUGAUCAAGGCCGGGCUGUGCCGCAGGGUGCUGGUGCAGGUCUCCUACGCCAUCGGCGUGUCCCACCCGCUCUCCAUCUCCAUCUUCCACUACGGCACGUCCCAGAAGAGCGAGCGGGAGCUGCUGGAGAUCGUCAAGAAGAACUUCGACCUCCGCCCCGGGGUGAUCGUCAGGGAUCUGGAUCUGAAGAAGCCCAUUUAUCAGAGGACUGCAGCCUAUGGCCACUUUGGUAGGGACAGUUUCCCCUGGGAAGUUCCCAAAAAGCUAAAGUACUAAAA